AUGAAAAAAUCAUUAAAAGAAAAUUGUAUAGAUAAUAUUGAAAAUGAUAUACAUAAAGAGGAAUAUUUAGAUUUUUCGGACGAUUUUAUCUUUUGUUCUAACUAUAAAAAAUUUUCACCAUAUUAUAAAGAAGGAUAUCUAGAAAAAAAGUGUUCUAAUUCAUGGUGUGGUUAUAAAAAAAGGUGGUUUCUUUUAAAAAAUAAGAAAUUAUAUUAUUUCAAAAAUAAAGAAAGUUUUAGGCCUUCUGGUGUUUUAGAUUUAGAUUUAAUUAAUAUGAAUAUUAAUUAUGAAAAUGGAUUAAAUAGGAAGAAAAGACUGGAUGACUGCUUUAUAUAUUGCAUAGAAUCAAGAAAAAAUAAAGAUGAAUCAUUUCUGAUAUUAAAUCCAAAAAAUACAUAUAUAAAUUUUUAUUUAAAAGGAGAAGAUAAGGAAAUAAUAGAGUGGUAUAAUUUACUUAAUAGUUCAAUAGACAACAAGAAAAUUUUAAAUCAGCCUAAAUUUAUUUUUUCAGAAAAUAAUUUUUGGAAAAUUGAUAGAAUAUCUGUUGAAGUUUUUGAAGCCAUAGCAGAUACAGGUGAUAUAAUAUUAUUUAGAUCAAAUGUUAUCUCGGGAAAACUACAGAGAAUAUUAACAGGGGGAGAUUAUGAUCAUAUUGGUAUGAUCUUAAGAAAUGACAAAAAUGAUUUAUUCCUUUUAGAAGCUAUUUCAAAUAUGGGAAUUAUUUUAACACCAUGGACUCUCUUUGUAAAAAACAAAUGGAAUGAAGCUUAUUCAAGAAUUUCUUUAAGACGUUUAACAUGGAAUAACUCUGAAGAGAACUUACAAAAGUUACUAGAUUUUUUGAAAAAUACUGUAGGAAAAAAAUAUAAUUUAAAGAUAGUUAAUUUUCUUGUUUCAAAAAAUGAUGAUAAUAAUGGAUAUUUUUGUUCAGAGCUAAUAGGAGAAUGCUGGAAGAUAAUGGGUGUUAUUCCUUUAAAUACCUCCUGCUCUAAUAUUUUACCAAGCAAUUUUUCUGAAAAAUUUGAAGAAAAAAUUAAGCUACAUUCAGGGUGUCAACUAAAUAAUGAACUAUGUAUUGAUUUUUCUCUAUAA